AUGUUAAAGUAUGUUAUAUUUGAUAAUUUGACUGACGAGUUUGUGUAUUUACGGGCCUCGCAACGCGCAAGGUCACCUCCGAGAAAACAACGAGUAAAGAGAGCCAUACAGCAACGAAAAUAUGAAGAUGUCAGAAGCUUACUACGCCUUGUUGCAAUAAGUGAAUCCGCAAGUACUUGCGCCGUAUGCAACGCUUCUUUCCCGUUGUCAUCCGAUGCAACAUCCCAUUUCGCGUGUCAAUUGUGCAAUGAAACGUGCUGUAUAAACUGCAAGCGAGACGUGCUGCUGCAAGGAACGGAGCACGAGGCACCAUUGGAUGCGAUUAUGUGUAAAUUUUGCAGCGAGUAUGUCAUGAAGCUGCAAUCAAGUGUAACUCAACAACCGGUGGAAGAAACCUUCAGGCGGCUAAUAAACUCCUUUACAUAUACCCUCCAGCUGUAUAAAAAUAUAGAUGCGUCUUUGCUACAGCUGCAAGGAUAUACUAAAUUGUGCGCUUUACAUCAACGAUUGAAGGAACCUCUACCUGACGGCACAAAAGAGAAGAUUCACAAGUUGAUAGAUGGUGUACUGUCUCAACGCAAAGAAAUAGAUGGUAUAAAGAAUGGUGUUGAUCGUCACAGCUUGGAGCGCACCACAACUAAUUUACAGCAAUCACGCGCAUCGCGUGUACACGCGGGUAUAAAACGCUCCUUGCUCGCACUUUCUAGAGGAGUUCUGUAUAAGACCGUGCCGAGGAUCAGCGAGGUGGUCGGUAACCUCAUGCAAUACGAUUAA